GCUGCCGAGGUGACGUGAUCCCAGCAGAAGUGCACGGUGCGGCCGUGUGCCUCAGGCACCCCACACAGGGAUUCAGACCAGGGUCCAAACUCUGCUGCUGCAGUGGCACCAGGGUACAGAAGCAGCAGAGCCCCGUGCCUGACAGCAUGGCGGGGGGUGCGGGGCGAGCCAAGAAGCUGGGCACUCUGCUCUCAGGGCUGCUGGAGUGCGGUGCUUUCUGCGGCAUCAUCUUUGGCUGGGCCUCCCUCGUCUACGUCCUCAAGAACCUGGGCUACUUUAAGCAGUGGUGCGAGUCCUCGGCCAGCCUCAACCCCAAUGGGACGCUGCAUCCCGACUGCAGCGGGCAGGAUGAGCAGUUCUCCUUGGUCUUCACUAUCGGCUCCUUCAUGAACAACUUCAUGACUCUCCCCAUGGGCUACGUCUUCGACCGCUUUGGCACUGCUGUCGCCCGCCUCAUCGCCAUCACCCUCUACACUGGUGGGACCCUGCUCGUUGCCUUCUCCACGCCAGACCAAGCAGUGCUGCUCUUCCCGGCUAUGUCAAUGCUGUCGGUGGGCGGCAUUCUCCUCAUCCUCACCAACAUGCAGGUGGGGAACCUCUUUGGGAAGUACCGCUCCAUCAUCAUCACCCUCUACAACGGGGCCUUUGACUCCUCGUCUGCCAUAUUCCUCAUUAUCAAGGUGCUGCAUGAGCACGGACUGUCCCUGCGGACCAUGUUUCUCUUCAUGGCAGCCUGCAGCGCCUGGCACCUGCUGCGCACCAUCUUCCUCAUGCCCCGCAUGCACAUCCCUUACCCGCUGCCACCUGCCUACAACUAUGGGCUGUCAUGCCCGGGGCGCUCCCAGUCGUACCGCACCUACGAGGAGAAGCGCCCGCCGGAGGAUGAUGGGCCGGAGGAAGUGCCCCUGGAGCCCAGUGCCCCAAAAGGCAAUGCAGCUGUGGAGCCCUUCUGGCCCUGCGUGCUCUCAUGGCUCUUCAUGUGGCACGUGGUGUGGCUCUCAGUCAUGCAGCUGCGCCACUACCUCUUCAUUGGUACCCUCAACCCACUGCUCGACCACCUGGCCUUAGGCAAUGAACACCUGGUGAGCAUCUACACCAACGCCUUCGCCUUCACCCAGCUCUGUGGGGUGCUCUGCGCUCCCUGGAACGGCCUCAUUCUCGACUGCCACAAGCGGAACAAGGCCCACCGUGCUGAGGGAGCCCAGGGGGCACUGGCUGACCUACGGGCAUCCGUGCCAUCACUGGUGUUGACAGUGACGCAGUGCGUGCUAUUCUCCAUCUGUGCUGCUGUGCCUAUCCUGCCUGUGCAGUUUGUCACAUUCGUGCUCCAGGUGAUCAGCCGCUCCUUCCUCUAUGGGGGCAACGCCGCCUUCCUGGCCAUCGCGUUUCCUCCACAGCACUUUGGGAAGCUCUACGGGCUGGCCAUGGCCCUGUCGGCACUGGUGGCCCUGCUGCAGUAUCCCUGCAUUGCCCUGGUGCAUGGAGCGCUCCAGGGGGACCCUUUCUAUAUGAACGUGGGGCUCAUCGCCGUGGUGCUGCUGGCCUACGUCAGUCCUGUGGUGGUGGCCCGUGAAUGCCGGCGACGUGCCAAGGAUCUGGAGGCUGCCUCAAGUCCCCUGGAGGCUUCCGCAAGUGCCGAGACCCCCGCCCAGACACCCCAUUGAGCCCUGCACUACCAUCCAGCUUUUUUCUACUGGACUUUGGGGGAGGGAUGGGACUGUGCCGGGGGGCACACUGAGGGGUGGGUGUGCUUGGGAUAGAAUAAAUAUUCCAAAGCCUC